CUCUGAUAUUGCGGCAGCCGCGCGGCGCGCCGCCACUCUCAGCUGGACCCCGCGCGCGCUCCGGUCGGCUCACACAGUGUCCGCCCCCCUCCCCCAGUGCAGUGCGCGCCGUGACUGCCGCCCGCUAGCCGCUCCAGUGCCGCGCUGCCCGCGACUCGCCUCGCACACUAGCUCCAGGCAGCCGCCGCCAUGAAGGACUUCCUCAGCCUCUUCGGCUUCGUGGCCAAGUCGUACCGCGUGGUCAGCUCGUCCAAGACCGAGGCGGACGCCGCCGACAAGCAGCAGGAGCUCCAGAAGACCCAGCAGGAGGGCACCAGCACCUGCGAUGCCGCCGCCAAGCUGGGCCGCCGCGGCUCCAAGGCCGGCGUCGUCGUCAACAGGGCCUUCCACGACCCCGACCACCAGCGCCGGCUCCACCGCAGGCGUUCGUGGCUGCUGGUGCUGGCAGGCGUGUUCUCCAUAGGGCUGGGAGCCGGCAUGAUGGCGCUCAAGCCGUACGACCUGCUCUUCAGAAUGAAAAUCAUGUUCUUCGACGGCGGCGAGUCGUUCGAGCUGUGGCGGAAGCCGCCGGUGGACCUGUUCCUUAAGGUGUACCUCUUCAACAUCACCAACGCGGAGGCCUUCCUCAGCGGCGAGGACAAGAAGCUGCGCUUCGAGGAGGUCGGCCCCUACGUCUACAGGGAGCUGCUGGAGCACGCGAACAUCACGUUCAACGACAACGGCACGCUGAGCACAUCGCCGCGUCACCCGCUGCUGUGGGCGCCCGAUCACAACCCGGUGCGCCGCGAGGACGACCUGCUCGUGCUGCCGCACAUCGCCCUCAUGAGUAUUACACACGUCAUGAAGGACUCUUCAUUCUUCAUGAAAAUGGGGCUGAAUCUCGUGAUUGGAAAGACCAACUCACAGCCUCUGGUGCGGAUGACGGCACGUGAGUUCAUGUUUGGCUACGAGAGCACACUGACUACGCUUGGCAAUACAUUGAUGCCUUCUUGGAUCUACUUUGAAAAAGUUGGCCUUGUCGACCGGAUGUACGACUUCUCAGGUGACACAGCAACAAUCUUCACAGGGUCAAAACAUCUGGGGAAGGCAGGCUUAAUUGACACGUACCGUGGCUCGCAGCACCUGCCACAUUGGCAUGGAGAUCACUGCAGCAGUGUUGUGGGUGCCAGUGACGCUUCCAAAUUUCCAUCACUCAUCAAUCCCAAUGACACAUUGCUCAUGUAUCGCAAGUCUGUGUGUCGUGCAAUGCCCAUGGUUCGUACAGGAAGUACAGUAAAGAAUGGUUUGUAUGCUUAUAGCUACAAGUUCGUAGAAGGAGUUUUGGAUAAUGGUCGCACAGACCCACGAAACAAAUGCUUUUGUCGGAAUGGGCACUGUCUCCAGGAGGGCUUAAUUGAUGUAACAGACUGCUAUUAUGGUUUUCCUAUUGCAGUUUCAUAUCCUCACUUCUACAAAGCUGACAAAAGUCUUAUAGAAGGUGUGGAAGGAAUACAUCCUGAUCCAGAGAAACAUGAGUCGAGAUUUCUUAUUCAGCCAGAUGCUGGACUACCAGUUGAGGUAAAAGUCAGAUUCCAGAUAAACAUGGCGAUGGGAGACGUAUCAUCAUUUCGCUCUGUUCGUCAGUUUAGCAACAUGGUUAUACCGAUGCUCUGGACAGAAGUGGGUAUGUAUGGCCUGCCACGGUUUCUUAACACACGUUACUAUCUGUACCUGAAUGUACUACCAGUCUUAGAAAAGGUGAUAGUGUAUUUAUCAUUCAUUGUUGGUGUUGGGUUAUUUGCCAUUGUGCUCCUAAGAGUAUGGGUUCAAAGAGCAUCAAAUGGAGGGCAAAUGUAUGACUUCAAGUAUCUUCCUCAGUCAGUGGGACCUGUUGCAGAGGCAGCACAAAUUGUACGCAGACACAGCAUGAGGGCAAAAGAGCUAGAUUUAUACUACAGUUCCUUACUUGUUCCUCCACCAGAAGCUGAAGAAGAAACUGCUGAGGAAGAUGAGGAUUUCAGUGAUGUGCCUGAGUGUACAAAGAUCAUGAUGGAUUCUGCUUUUGAUGAGGUUUCUGUGUGAUCAUAAAGACCAUUCUUGUGUGAAGGUUGUAUAACAUACUCAAGUCAGAACUUCAAAUAGAAGUCUGUGUUGGGACACAUGCUGAAAUGAACUGCUCCCAGCAGUCUAUAGGUCAGCAUGUUACAUAAAGUUCAGCUUUACAUGUAUGCCAAAAAUAAGGGCACAACAGAGUGUAAGAUAGUCAGAGGAAUAGGGCUAGUUGAAGGGCAGAGGUUUAUUGGACUUAUAAGGUUGCAAAUAAUUGACCAAAGCAGGCCCUGGCAAUUUGAAGGUAGAAAGUGUCAUUGGGCACCCAAUGAUCCAUUUUCUUCUUUAAAACUGUGAGAAGGAAAUGCAUUUUAACUUCUGAGAGAAAUGGAUAUUCAGUUUCCUUUUAAAGUGAAAGAAAAGUACUUAAGACUGUUGAACAGCAUAUGAAAGACAACUUUGGUAAAAGGAUUGUUGUUGCACUGUUUUAUGUUGUAUUUGAAGUGAAACAUAUGUUUUUAAAAUGAAAAUUUAUUUCACCUGUGAGAACAUUACUUUUGUUCCAGUUCAACUCUGGUACAAUCUCCAGCACACCGACAUAUAUAUACAUUUUGUACAAUAGUUAGAACACUUGACUUUUCUAUAAAUUAAAAUGUAAUUCUACAUAUUGUAAAAUAAAGGUAAUAUAGUUUAAAUUA